AUGGCGGCGGCAGAGGCGCGGGGAAGGGAGUUCCCCGUGGGGAUGAAGGUGCUGGUCGUGGACGACGACCCGACGUGCCUCCUCGUGCUCAAGAGGAUGCUCCUUGACUGCAGAUACGACGUGACAACAUGUCCUCAGGCUACAAGAGCACUAACUAUGUUGCGAGAGAAUAGGCGUGGUUUUGAUGUUAUAAUAAGUGAUGUUCACAUGCCGGAUAUGGAUGGAUUCAGGCUACUUGAACUUGUAGGCCUGGAGAUGGACCUUCCAGUUAUCAUGAUGUCUGCUGAUUCAAGAACGGAUAUUGUAAUGAAGGGAAUUAAGCAUGGAGCAUGUGACUAUUUAAUAAAACCUGUCAGAAUGGAGGAGUUGAAAAACAUCUGGCAACAUGUUGUUAGGAAAAAAAUUAAUGAAAACAAGGAUCAUGAGCAUUCUGGUAGCCUAGAUGAUACCGAUCGUAACAGACCAACCAAUAAUGAUAAUGAAUACGCUUCCUCUGCGAAUGAUGGAGGUGAUGGCAGCUGGAAAUCUCAGAAAAAGAAAAGAGAGAAAGAAGAUGAUGAAACUGACCUGGAAAAUGGUGAUCCUUCUUCUACAUCAAAGAAACCAAGAGUUGUUUGGUCAGUUGAGCUUCAUCAACAAUUUGUUAAUGCAGUCAAUCACCUCGGGAUAGACAAAGCUGUUCCAAAGAAAAUUUUGGAAUUGAUGAAUGUCCCUGGCUUAACCAGGGAAAAUGUUGCCAGCCAUUUGCAGAAAUUCAGACUUUACCUGAAGAGAAUUGCUCAGCAUCAUGCAGGAAUACCUCAUCCAUUUGUUGCGCCUGCUUCUAGUGCUAAAGUUGCUCCGUUAGGAGGACUGGAAUUCCAAGCUUUGGCUGCUUCUGGUCAGAUCCCUCCUCAAGCUCUGGCUGCUUUGCAGGAUGAACUCCUUGGUCGACCUACAAGCAGUUUGGCGUUGCCUGGAAGGGACCAGUCAUCUUUGCGACUGGCUGCAAUCAAAGGAAACAAGCCCCAUGGAGAGAGAGAAAUAACAUUUGGUCAACCCAUAUACAAGUGUCAGAAUAACACAUAUGGUGCAUUCUCUCAAAGCAGCCCAGCAGUUGGAGGAUUGCCAUCUUUUGCAGCUUGGCCCAAUAACAAACUUGGUAUGACUGAUUCACCAAGCACAUUGGGAAAUGUGGGCAAUUCUCAAAAUAGCAAUAUGCUAUUGCAUGAAUUGCAGCAACAGCCAGACACCUUGCUGUCAGGAACCCUUCACAAUAUCGAUGUCAAACCUUCUGGUGUAGUUAUGCCAUCUCAGUCGUUAAAUGCUUUCCCGGCUAGUGAGGGUAUCUCACCUAAUCAAAAUCCCUUGAUUAUACCAUCUCAAUCCCCAAGUUUUCUGGCAUCAAUUCCUCCAUCCAUGAAACAUGAACCUCUUCUUGGAUCACCUUCACCAUCAACCAGUCUGUUGGGUGGGCUUGAUAUGGUUAAUCAAGCUUCAACAAGUCAGCCUUUGAUUAGUAGCCAUGGAGCAAAUCUUCCUGGUCUCAAGAACCGCAGCUCAAAUGCAAUGCCUUCACCAGGAAUUAGUAAUUUUCAAAGUGGGAACAUUCCUUAUGUGGUUAAUCAGAAUGCUAUAGGAGUUAGCUCAAGGCCACCAGGUGUUCUAAAGACUGAGAGCACUGACUCCCUGAGUCGUAGUUAUGGCUAUAUUGGUGGUAACACCAGUGUGGACUCUGGUUUGCUCUCUUCUCAGUCCAAAAAUCCACAGUAUGGUUUACUUCGGAGUCAAAAUGAUGUUAGCGGCAGCUGGUCGCCUUCACAAGAUUUUGAUAGUUUUGGAAAUUCUCUUGGGCAAGGCCACCCUGGUUCCACUUCAUCCAACUUCCAGAGUUCUACCCUUGGCAAGUUGCCUGACCAAGGACGAGGGAGGAAUCAUGGGUUUGUCGGGAAAGGCACUUGCAUCCCAAGCCGCUUUGCAGUGGAUGAGGUUGAAUCUCCAACUAACAACUUGAGCCACAGCAUUGGAAACAGUGGUGACAUAGUGAACCCCGACAUAUUUGGAUUUAGUGGACAGAUGUGA